CGCACUGAGCGGCCCAUGGCGCCGCCCGACGCCCCGCUGCUCCUGCUCUCCGCCGCGCUGGCGCUGGCGCUGGCCGCCCGACCCGCUCCCGAGUGUUUCACCGCAAAUGGUGCUGAUUAUAGGGGAACUCAGAACUGGACAGCCCUACAUGGAGGAAAGCCUUGUCUGUUUUGGAAUGAGACCUUUCAGCACCCCUACAACACUCUGAAAUACCCCAAUGGAGAGGGGGGUCUCGGAGAACAUAACUACUGCAGGAAUCCAGAUGGAGAUGUGAGCCCCUGGUGCUAUAUUGCCGAACACGAGGAUGGCGUCUACUGGAAAUACUGUGAGAUCCCAGCCUGUCAAAUGCCUGGAAAUCUUGGAUGCUACAGGGAUCAUGGCAACCCACCACCUCUGACAGGCACCAGUAAGACAUUCAACAAACUCACGAUUCAAACCUGCAUAAGUUUCUGUCGGAGUCAACGAUUCAAGUUUGCCGGAAUGGAGUCAGGCUACGCUUGCUUCUGUGGGAAUAAUCCUGACUACUGGAAGUAUGGGGAGACGGUCAGCACAGAGUGUAACAGUGUCUGCUUUGGGGACCAUACCCAGCCCUGUGGUGGUGAUGGCAGGAUCAUUCUCUUUGACACACUUGUUGGCGCCUGCGGAGGAAACUACACCUCUAUGACAUCGGUGAUCUAUUCUCCAGAUUUUCCUGACACCUACUCCACGGGGAGGGUUUGCUACUGGACCAUUCGGGUCCUGGGAGCAUCCCUGAUUCACUUCAACUUCACCCUGUUCGACAUCAGGGACUCGACAGACAUGGUGGAGCUACUCGACGGCUACACCCAUCGAGUCCUGGUGCGGUUCAGCGGCCGAAACCGUCCCCCUCCCUUUUUCAAUGUCUCCCUGGAUUUUGUCAUUCUGUAUUUCUUCUCUGACCGCAUCAAUCAGGCCCAGGGAUUUGCUGUCUCCUAUCAAGCUAUCAAGGGACAGUUACCUCAGGACAGACCCCUGGUUAAUCAGACCAUCACUGAGGUGAACACCGAGCAAGCCAAUCUCAGUGUCAGUGCCGCCCGAUCUUCCAAAAUCCUUUACGUCAUCACCACCAGCCCGAGUCACCCCUCUAGCACCGUUCCAGGAUGGACAGUUUAUGGAUUUGCAGCUCUUCUCAUUCUGACUGUUACAGCCAUUUUAGCAAAGAUACUUCUACAUGUCACGAUGAAGUCCCAUCGGGUUCCAGCUGCAGGGGAAUUGAGAGAUUGUCACCAGGCAGCCCCCUCAGGAGAAAUCUGGAGUAUCUUUUACAAACCCUCCAUGUCCAUCUCCAUCUUUAAGAAGAAGCUGAAGAGCCAGAGCCAGCAAGAUGAUCGCAAUCCUCUCGUGGGUUACUAGGAACCAAGUAGGUCGGUCGGCCCAGGAUGCAACGUUCCCUCACCAUUUAGGCUGCGCGGGAGAUGGUCUCUUCUCUCUCGCAGUCUCCUCCUCGAUCAGCUCCUUCCCAGCCUUCCUUUAUCCUCAGUAGGGCUCCUUGCCUGCCGAUACCACACACUGGGAAGGGUGGUAAUGCUGGUGAUUCGGAAAUUUCUCUGGACUCUGAUGGCUCUUAAACACUCUUUUCUGAUAAGCUGUCUUUAAGGUGCAUUCAGAGGUUCAAAGGUCCACCACCAAUCAGUUAUCUAGCAUCGGGAUAGGGGAGAUAAGAAUUUAGGAAGCAUCAUGGAUGCUAGAGAUGGUUUCCUCUGAUAUAAUUUUUUUGUCACCGACGUAUUAUUGAUGAUCGUUGGACAGGUAAGGUGUGUGUACUGAUCAGGAAAGUCUAUCUAAAGAAAUAACAUUCAUAGGGUAUUAAAUAGAACUUGGUUGAAGCCUCCAGGAUAUAUUUUCAUAUUUAUAUGUCAUUCUUUGCUCUCUGAGCCGUUUCAGUCCCUGUGUUCAUUAAGUUCAAGGCAGGGCACCUCUCUUUGCGUGUGUUGACAGGAAGGGUUUGUGAGGCUUUUCAUUGGAACAAUCCAGCCAGCAGUGAGAGGCUGGAAACCUCUUUAUAGCGAGGUAUAGGAAAGCUCUCUACCCAAUCCUGCAAAAAAAAAAAAAAAAGCCCAGAGAUGGAAUUAGCCUGAUGCACCUUCUCUCUCCUAGAGACGUGUCCUCUGCCUGGAAGAUUAAACCUGAGGAUCAGUGAUGCUCUGAGCAUAAGGUCUAUUUGUUUCUGUCGUAGUACCCCAACCAGGCUCUGUUUAGUGUAGGAAAUAUAAUUUUUUUUAUUAUUUGUAUUAUUAUUAUUAUCAUGGGAAUUUAGCAUUUAUGAAGCACCCUCAUUGUACAAGAUGUUGUACGAUAUAUUUAUAUGUAAGCUAUAUAUUCGCACCUGUAUUUAAUCUCUGCCUUCAGAGAGGGUCCAUUCAAAACAAAAUGGAGCACCGCACAGCUGAUCUGAUCAGAUGGAUUCCCAGUACUGCAGAGGGGAAAAACACCCUAAAGAAUUAGUGACUGUUCCAGCACUCUGGACUUUAUACUGCUCAAUCUUUCCCCCUCUCUCUCUCUCCUCCUAUGCUUGGGGUAGGUUGGAGGUAGGAAAAGAGUUAGGGCAGUUUUCUUCCCAGAGUUAAGAACAAUACAAAAUCUUAGAAUUGGCUUGAAGGGAGCAAGGUGGUUCUGGGGAGGAAUUGAAUUUAAGAUGAUCGUUGCCCUCAAGAUUGAGCGCUCCAACUGUUUUGGAGUGGAUUUUUUUUUCUCUUCCAAAUUCCAGAUGUCUGUAAGGCAUUCCUCUGCCCUUUGAAAGUUGUCCCUCUCACAGCAGCUGAAGAGAUUUCUGCUUCCAUCUCUGUGGUGGCCUGGUGUCUCCUCGGUCUCUGUGUGGGUGUCUGGAUGGUGCCAUUUGUCUGAGCAGGAGAUUUUGGCAUAUUUAGCCUUUGUGUCUGUUUCACAUCUGACCUCCUGAACAUCGAAUUUCAAGCACUUCACAUAUUUCCUCAAAUUCAGUAAGCUACUAUCUGUUGCCUCCUUGCCAAGCUGGUGACCCAUUUGUGCAUUCCAGACCCCAGGAAGAUGAAGAGAAGCAUGGAAACAGAUGGACUGUGUCUCUAGGGAGAGGUGGCCGUAAUAGGAAAGAGAGCAGGGAACAAUAGGACGAGGAAAGGUUGGAGGCGAUGGAACACCAGUGAAAUCCAAGGAAUAGUCAAGAACGAUCACGUUAUAUAGUGUGAUAGAAUUACACGGUCACCACUUCGGGCUGAGGAAUGCUUUGCAUGUGAUAGCAAAUGACACUAAGGGUAGACUUGCUCUGUAACUCGUUCUUUGAUCCAGGGGAAGGAGAUUAAUAUUGGAACAGCUGGCUCAUACUUGGGCUUCUG